GAUAGUGACCGCGCGUACCUUACGGUUACACACAUGUUCCAGUCUCUCGGCUCGCCUCAUUCGGUUCGGUAUGGUUUUUCGAUCUGUCAGCGAACGUCCGCCUGUUCCAGAGUGCACUCUUCCCCCCACGCAAGUGCUGGAUUUGUGACUGUUGAUAGUGCUCGGGGGACCAUCAUCGGAUCAUUGCAGUGGCUAAGGACACUAGGGACGCACCAGUGACCGUAUCCGUUUCCGCAACCUCCGGAUCCCUAAGUGGCAUUGUUGAAUAGAUUGAAGUGCCGUGAUCUCGUCGUCGCUAGUAUAGCACCCGAUAAGCGCUGAACUUGGAGCGGACGAUAAUCUGAGGAAAAUUCGAUCCGAGGAAGAAGCACAAUCCGACAGCUAUCAUACCGAUGGAGAGAGCGUGAGUGAGAAGAGGGAGUGCAAGUGUUAUUUUCCACGGAGGCCAUCGCUAAGUGUCACUCGCCGCCCGUUUUGCUCUUCUUUUGCCAUCUUCCCUGGUUGGGCUGGUUUGUGUGAGUCUGGGUUCUGUUUCUCUCGCUUCAUUUUUUCCACUUCUUGACAACAAUUGUUUUGUUUUAUACCACCGUCAUCAUAAGCGGCGGGAUUCAGUGAUAAACAAAAGACCUCUCAUGCGAUUAGUACCGACAUUCGAAGAUACUCAGCGCUGCCGUGCUUUUGAAUUUUUGAUGAAACUUUUCCCAUAGAAACACAGGGCUGCUAGAUAGGAGAAAGUCGAUUCUAUCCGAUUGCCAUCGAAUUUAAAUAUUUAAUCAUGGUCAAAGUUCAGCAGAAAUUUUUUGUUUAACUAAGCGACCCUAAGUGUAUGCUGCAUGAUAUGCUAGAAGAGCCAAUAUUGCGCGCUCUGCACUUCACGAGCACUCGAAUGGUAACAUAUGCAACUUGCACAAAUUUGGCAAACGACUGCCAGUACAAAUCAACAGCUAAACAACAAUCCAAGUGAGCUGCACAGCUGCUAAUAUACCAAGCAACAGGACGCCAUCACCACAAGCACUCACAGAUAAAGGACACUUAAUCAUCAUCACAGUGUGAAUCGAGAACUGAAAAAAAAGACAGCUAGCCAUGGAUCGCAAACUAUUGUAUGCCUUUCGAGGCUGGAUAGCUUUCGUGGCCUUCAUGGACCUGGGGACGGCCGUUCGAUGUUACAUCGAACGAAGGAGCUUUCUGGGGGAGCACUCGGACACGCAGUUUAUCGAAGGAGACUACACUAUCUCUAGGAUAUUGGGUAUUUAUUGCAUUCUCAAGGCAGUCGCGCUGGUUCACUGCACACUGUAUAUACACUACAAGCCUGUCGUUAGCAUGGGCGGCUGCUCACUUGCCAUCACGAUGAUGCUCUACAUUACCGAGGCCUUGUAUUUCCGCUCGACGACGCUAAACUUUUAUGUUAUCUUUCCGUGCAUCCUAAACUCAAUGACGCUGCUUGGUUUGAUGUACAUUCCCCGGCGGCUUCGGCUGUGGGAGCAUCGGCCCUCGGAUAAUGAUGAUGAAAACUCGCAGCUCCUGAAACAGAUGGGUGGCUUCAAGAAACGAUCCAGAGCACACAAAAAUAAAACGCCCUGAAUCUUCGGGAUGGUCUAGCGUUGUGUGGCGGUGGAGAUGAUAGAAAGAUAAGUCGAGUUGAGCUCCAAUGUGAGCAGGACAGGGGAAACAAAAAUAUCACUUCUAGAAAGAUAAUAGCUUGUCUCAGAAGAAUAAAGUUCUUUAAAACAAAUGAGUCGAUUCCUUGCGGCAAACGAAAAAGACAGUACUACCAAACGAGCAAAAAGCAAAACAAAGAACGGCAAAACAGAAACAUAAUGUGAAAAUGAAAAGCUUUAAUACAUUUAUAUGAAGAAAAAACACAAAGCGAACUUGUCUAAUUGAAUUCAAUCGAAAAUAAUUAACUAGCAUCAAUUCGUAGGUUAAAUUUAUAGCUAUAAUGAAAUCAAUUGAAAUGAGUUGACAUGGCAUCGUACCUUAUCGUACAACAUCAAAAUAAUAUAGUUGAACGGAGAAAAACAGAGAAAUGUCAUUUAUAAGCUACUGUUAGGGGUCGUUAAUUGGAAAUCGCUUCAAUGCACUAUCCAUAUGGGUAAAAACUCAAUCACGCGGCUGAAAAUAACGAUAAAACAGUAAAACAACAACAAAUGAAACCAAAAGCAAAACAGAUACCUAUCGGAGCAUAGUGAACGGCAUAGCCAUAUUUUAUCUCGGGAAUUUACCCAUUUCUUUUAACCUUCUGUAUGCUAUAAUAAGACUUUUCAUUUGGAAAAGUAAUAAUAAUUGUAACGAACGACCCAAAAACUGGAACACUUUCUCUCUAGAAGUUAAUCAUGAUGCAAUCAAACGACGUCUCGAAUGUUUUUAUAGUACAGCUUUAGAGGCCUCAAACAAUCCUCAUGACAUUUUUCUAACUCAUUCUAGAAUCGACUAAAUUUGUAGACUGGCAAAUAAACAAACAUUUCUUAUACCAGACGACCUCGAAAGAAGGAGGUGGUAAAUGAUACACAAUUAUUUAGAGAGGUUAACAGUUGGGCUAACUAAUUUUAAAAACCAGAGCAAGCUAUGUUGCCAAAAAGUUAUCGAAACUGUAUUUGCCAACGGUAACAACAAAAAAAAAACAACAGGAAACACAAACAGGUUUUUAGCUCAAGAGAAUAAUAGAUGAUACGUAGUCGUCGCAUUCGCAUUCUUAUCCUAGCUCAAACGAGCAGCCAAAAUACGCGGAACAGUGUCCUUUUGUGAUGGUCGUUGUUGAAAAAUGAGGUGAUGUGGUGGCCAUGUUUGAGAUUGUCUCGAUUCCCGAUGUUUGUACAUUCAAAUCAAUAUUUUGUGUCGGUUAUAUUAUGAACAUAAUCGUUGGAAGAAAUUGUCACAGUUUAUCAAAAAAUGGUGCUUACUAUGGUAAAUGAUGUUGGUUUGUCCAGUCGAAAAUAUGUUCUUGGUUCGUCCACUUUGCUCUAGUUCAGCGCACUUGUGCCAAAUAAGGUAAUCAAAAGCUCCAAAACAUAUAAAUUAAAUUGUCUUUUUCAUGAUUUACAGUAAUUUUACAGGAUAUUUUUACGGAUUCACAUGUUUUCAAGGUUUUUAAAAUCUUCCUUCUAUUGGUGUCAAUGCGCCCCUCAUUUGAGCUAACUUUUAAUCAAUCACCAGGGCCCUGUUGCAUAAUCAGCCUCAUAAUAUUAGUUACAAGUUACAAGUCUAGAAGCUACAAGUUCUAAUAUUUUGCGUUGCAUAAUAAUCAUACAUCGGACUAAUAAUAUUAGUACUUGUUUUAUUAGUAACGCGUCAUUAUUUUAUUAGUAACGUCAAAGUCAAUAUUUUUGUUUAUGGAUAUUAUGGUUUUCCCACUGUUGAUAUGCUAAUUCUCUGACAUAGCCCAGAAUCAUUGCAUUGGCAUUGGCGAGCCAAUGUAAGGUUGUACUCAAUUGGUGGUGUAACUUGAGUGCGUCUCAACGAUUUUAAAGCUCGAUGUAAGGGCCAUUUACUCGCAAAAUUUUCUCUACCUUCGCAGGAGUCAUUCGAAAUGCUACAAAAAAUUAGCUUUAUGAUGAAAAGUGAAAUUUAUUUUCGGUGCGUAAUAUUUCCUUCUACGGCAUUUUUAUUUAUAAAAAAACAACCUUUUUCGUUUCUUGAUUUAUCUAAAACGUUGAAAAGGUAUAUUUCUAUACUCGAAAAAUUCAAACGAAAAGUCGAUCAUUUAAAAAAACGAACUUGUGAAUAAAAUUACGGGUCAACUCGAAGUUAUAAAAAAAAGUACAGAUCGAAACUAAUAACUUGCUGUUGUAUUUUGUUUAUGCAACAUUCACUUGUGAUAUGUAAUAUGUAACACUAAUAAUAUUAGUGUAAACAACUUGUAACAUUAGAAUUGUAGAUUUGUACUUCUAUAUUCAUUAUGUAACAGGAAUCUACAAGUUACAAGACUAAUAUUAAUAGUGAAAUUCCGAUUAAGCAACAGAGCCCAGAUGAUUAUUUGGUACGUAUUCAGACCUUUUCUGGAUUAUAACACCUUCAAUUAUUGUAAACAUCAUGCUUACAGACCAUUUGUAUCAGAUUUAUUUAUUAAUGUACCUCGAUGACAUCAGUUAUGAUCAUGGUUUGUUUAUGAUCAUAACUGGAACCCGAUGUAUUGGCUCCUGUCAGUUCAAUAGAAGUUCAAUCUGGACGUGACCUUCGUGGUUGAGUGCUGUUCACCUUUAAAAUUCCCAAGAAAUUGCAAUAUUCUGAAGAAAGCCUAAAUUAUGAAUUGAUCAAUAUGAUGACAGUAAACUCAGAACAAUGAGAAAUGCAAUAGCUACUUAAAAUUCGAAUACCUUCGUUCAAAAAUGGUGGUUUUUGAAACCGAACAAACCAUGAUCAUUUUUCGGACACACAACGAUCAGAGGUUGGCAAACCAUGAUCAUAAUUUCUCUUUGAAGAAAAUUGUACAAAAAUAUAAUAAUUUAAAGGUUUUAUUAUUAGCAACUAGAGACAUUAGGCUUUUCAACAACCCCCAAACUUGUCUUGAUCACAUGUGAUUUUCAUGAAGAAAAAUCAAUUUGCAUUUACUAGUUGUGUGAAACACUCAAAAUUGGUCAAACCAAUAUCAUUUACCCUACAAUCAGAUGUUUCCAAGUUGUUUUUUGUUUUCAUCCAGAAUAUAUAUACAGUGACUCAAAUCCGUACUCGUACCCACCAUGCAAAACUCUUUUCCCUUCUUUUGAAAGUCGAAAACAACCUUUCGGAACAUUCUAUUUAGAAAAAGUCAUAGUGUUAUACGAGAGUUAAAAGGUUUGCUAUCUGUUUUCAGAGUAAUCGUUCUUAAUUUUCUAAGAAUGGCGAAUGUAUGUGCUAAUUUAUGAAAAUUGACUCAAACUCAUAUUCGUACGCUGGUUCAAAUGUCAACUCGAUUUCGAAGGCGUUGUUCAAUUUCACAAUUCCAUCAGUAGUAUGGUAUCCCUUGUUCAUUGCAACUAUCUUUAGCUGUCUUUAGCCGUUAUUUACGUGUUUUUUUUGUGUAUUCGAAAGGAAUAUCUAACAAUUAUUUCAUCAAGUAGUUAUUAAAACCGAUAUUUUUAGAAAUUGGUUUCUGAAUUUCUAAAUUUCCUACACAGAUAACUUCCUUAGUUUUUUACUGGGAAUGAUGUCGGAAGAUUGUGGAGGGAUAUCAAUAACUUUUGAGCAAUUGUAAUGUAACCAUGUGCGAACUUUAUAUGUCUUGUGCUCUAAGGUAUUGUCUUGAUAAAACAUGAAGCCUCGAUUCCAUUCCAUUAUAUUGACAUUUUGCUUCAAAUUUCCCUUCAGGGUGUUCAAGCAGACAUUCUUGUCCAUUUCACACUCGAUAAAAAAAAACAAAUUAAGCAACAAAAAGUUUGUAAUGUGCCUAGGAAGUGCAAUUUGAAUGCCCGAGCACAGAGGGACAAACCGUUUCUCAACAAAAAAAAACUCAGUAACUCCAAUGUGAUUUUUCCAAAUAACAUGAAACACACCAAUGUCUUACUGGUAAGAUGUUACUUCCGUAGAUGGGUCCAAAUUUAAUAUUUUUGACUCCGAUGGUUAUCGUUUCGAAUGGAGGAAGCCAAACGAUCAAUUAAAUGUAAAAAUCUGAAAGCAACGUUUAAACAUGGUGGUGGUGGAAGGAUGGUAUGAGGGUGCAUGUAUAGGCACUUUGGUUUUCAUCGAUGGUGUAAUGGAUCAGAAUGUUCAUCCUGAAGGAAAAUAUGAAGCAAAAUGUCAACAAAAUGGAAUGGAAUCGAGGAUUCAAGUUUUACUACGACAAUGACCCAGAGCAUAGGGCAUGUAAAGUUCGCACAUGGUUACAUUACAAUUGCUCAAAGGUUAUUAAUAUUCCUCCACAAUCUCCCGACAUCAAUCCCAGUAAAAAAUCAAGGAAGUUAUCUGGUUAGGAGAUUUAGAAACCAUAAAAUAACGGUUUUAAAAAAACACUUGAUGAAAAAAUGAAUGAAUAUACCUUCCGGAUACACCAAAAAAACUCGUAGAUAACGGCUAAAUACAGCCAAAGAUUGUUACAAUGAACAAAGGAUUCCAUUCUAAUGAUUGAAUUUUGAAAAUGGUCAACGGCUUCGGUAUCGAGUUGAAAUUUUCAACCAGCGUACGAAUAUGAGUUUGAAUCAAUUUUCAUACAUCAUCACAUACAUUCGCCAUUUUUAAAGAAAUAAAAACCAUUCUUCCAUUCAACAGAUAGCAAACCUUUUAGCUACCAUAUGACACUAUGACUUUAUCUAAAUAUAAUGUUCCGAAAGCUUGUUUUAGACUUUCAAAAGAAAGGAAAAGAGAUCUGCAUGGUGGAGUACGAUUAAGGAUUUGAGUCACUAUAUAUAUAUUUAUGUUAAGGCUCAUAUGGCGUUAGCCUGACGGGGCCGGGGGUACAAUAUUUUGACAAUAUUUGUCAUAUGCUAUGUUGAUAAUAUGUAACCGAUUGCUCGCGGUUGGCUCGAAGUUAAGGCUGAUUUAGACGGUGCCAGUCAACGCGCUAGUAGAAGAAUCCAAUCACUAGAGUCUAGUUAUUAGAGCCAUGUAAACACCCGGCUCCAGUUACUUGCGCAAAUAUCGCACAAAUAAUUGGCCACGCCAGCGAAUAGAAAAUUUUCUAGAUACUGGCGCCCAUAGAUAAAUGACAAUUGCUUCCAAACAGUGCGUCAUAUUAGACAUUUGUGUGAAAUCGAAAUGCCAGGUAGUUUCAGUGUUGCCACAUAUUUAUUUGUACUGGAAGGGGAAAAUCUUUUUCGGCUAUGGUGAAGACAAUUAUUAAACGGUGUUAUUUGGCUUGCUCUGUAAUUUGUAUGUUUGUAUGUUUGUAACAUGUUUGUUUGUAGCGCUUUACCGCAUUAAAAGAAAUUUAUCUCUUCCUGUUGACCGAUUGGUAUGAAAUUUGGAACACAUUUUUAACUCUGCAGUCAUUAUAAAACUGGGUAUUUCAUUAUUUAAAAAAUCCAAGAUGGCGGCUGCUACAAAAUGGCGGAUUACAUAUUUUCUCAAAACCCUAUAAACAUGGGUAUCAAAUCAAAGGGCUUGACUUGUAUAACACAGUUAUGCAUGAGGAAUGCAAAUCCAAAAUCGCCUCAACAAAACGGUGGUUCACAUAUUUUCUCAAAACCCGGUCAAUAUUGGUAUCAAAUGAAAGGGCUUGACUAGUAGAACACAGUUAUUCAUGAGAAAUGCAAAUCCAAAAUGGCCGCCACCAUAAAAUGGCGGAUCACAUAUUUUCUCAAAACCCUAUCAAUAUGGGUAUCAAAUGAAAGGGCUUAACUAGUAGAACACAGUUAUUCAAGAGAAAUGCAAAUCCAACAUGGCCGCCACCACAAAACGGUCGUUCACAUAUUUUCUCAAAACCCUUUUAAUAUGGGUAUCAAAUGAAAGGGCUUGGCUAGUAGAAUACAGUUAUCUAUGAAAAAUACAAAUCUAAAAUGGCGGCCAAUGGUAGAUUACAUAUUUUCAGAAAUUUAUGGAAAAUUAUGAAAAAUGUAAAUCCAAAAUGACCGCCAUCAUAAAAUAGCGCCAUGUUUUUUCAAAGCCCAUCAAUAUGGGUAUCAAAUGAAUGUGCUCGACUGGUAGAACACAGUAGAUCAUGAAAAAUCCCAACAAACAUCGAAACAUACCUUUAAUUCUACUGUCAUUAUAAAACUGCGUAUUCCAUGUUCAUGGAAAAUUUGAUUUGGCCGCCGCUAGAAAAUGGCAUUUUGGAUUUGCAUUCCUCAUGAAUAAUUGUGUUCUACUAGCCAAGCCCUUUCAUUUAAUACCCAUAUUGAAGGAGUUUGGGAAAAUAUGUAAUCAACCAUUUUGUAGCGGCAGCCAUCUUGGAGUUUUAAAAUAAUGAAAUACCCAGUUUUAUAAUGACUGCAGAGAUAAAGGUGAUCGUGAGAAGUAAACUGGUGAAAAGGUGAAGUAAACUGGUGAUAAAGGUGAAUCGUGAGAAGUAAACAACCACAUAGAAUUGUAUUGGUAUGUUUACAUUGCUUCUGAGGAACAGGUAUAGAUGAAGCAGAAGAUCAGGAUCACGGCUACCUAAGAUCUCCCGGACGGGGAUAAACGAUUGUCUGCUCUGUGCCUUCAAUGCUCUAGAGAGCUGAGUGCGGGCAGCAUGGAACCGGAUACAUUACCAGACAACAUGAUCUAUGUCGUGGCAGCUAUCGCAACAACCCCAUAGAUUGCUUGCUGCGAGCCCAAUGCGAUAAAGAUGCGAAUGGUGUUUUGUUGUAACAGAUAAGAAAACAGGAAAUAGUUUAAUUGCGUCAAAUCGCACGACCGAGGCGGCCAACUGACUGGGCCAUUUCGUGAGAUAACACGCUCACCAAACUUGGUUUUCAAUAAAUCGAUUGUUAAAUUCGCUGCGUGGAUUGUGGCGCCGUCCUGUUUAAAUUACAUAUUGUCCAAGUCCAUAUCAUCCAAUUCGGAACAAAAAUAUUCGGUUAUCAUUGAGAUUGAUUCCCAUUCACAGUGACAUGCCGGUCUCGAUCAUCACGGCCCAAUGACGCCGCCGGAUCAUAAACCGCACCAAACCGUAUUUUUUUCGGGAUGCAAUGGUGACUCAUGGAGUACGUGUGGAUUGCUGCCUGACCAAUAACGCAUAUUUUGCUCAUUGACGAAGCCUUCAGCUAGAAAUGAGCCUCAACGCUGAAGAUGAUUUUUCGAUGAAAAUCCGGAUCAUUUUCAAGUUGUUACUAAGCCCAAUUUACGAACAUACGACGUUUCUAGUGGUCAAGCGGCUUCAGUUCAUGCGUCAAUUUGAUCUUGUAAGGAUGUAGGCCAAGAUCUUUUCGCAAAAUUCGCCAAAACGACGUCACAGAGAUGCCCAACACUUGAGAACGACAUGUGAGAGAUUGAUUUGGGUCUUCCUCAAUUGAUGCGCUAGCGGCAGCAAUGUUCUCGACACUAAUUUAAUCAAUGUUUUUGUCAUGAGAAAAUAAUGUCAAUUUUCAUAACAUUUCAAAUUACAUUCGAAUGCCCCUCACAGCAAAUCUUCCAUUUCUACUUUUUAACGUUCGCUCAGUUGAAAAGCAGACCAGUUGAACCAGGACCAGUUAGCGAACGAUUACUGUAUUUCGCUAUUCUGUGCUAUGGUAGAUAGACAACCUAAAAUCGGCCGACAUUAUUUAAUAGUUUAUACAUUCCAUCACAAAAGGACAUGAUGAAUAACGAUAGCAAUGACCUACAUAGUAAACAUAACUGGGUAAACGCUUACUUCUCUUCAGUUCCCCAAGAAAUCAGUGCGAGUGAAAAUGAAAAUAAUAUCUAGAAAAUAAUUUCCCAAUCAGACCGGUUUACGUUAUCACAAUUUGAAUGUUGUUUGUUGACUGUUCAGUUUAGUUUUUUCUGUAGGAAAAAAAAAUUCUAUUUUAAAAAAACUGAAUAACAUACUCUCUCCAAUAGAGAAAUAUAGUAAAUAUAAAUUAAGCAACGGGAAGGCGCAUGCAAGACGAAUAGUUAAGCUGAUUUCGAUAAAAUUUGAUAAAUGACACAUUUGGGAGACAUUGACAAGAAAAAACAGGUUCAUUUAGUUGGCCAAAGAUGACAGUCCAUUUGUGCUGCACUUAAUAGUUUACUUUAUUUUUCUUAGCCAAUCAAGUACUUAUUGUCACAAAUACAAAAUAAAUGCACCACGAAACCAUUUGUUCGCAAAACAAAUUAUGUGCUGAAAUAUGUCAAAAGAAAAUCCUAUGAUGAUAGUAUGAUAAAUAGUAUACAGUAAAACACUAAAACCAUUCAAAACUGUGAAAUCGAAGUAAAGUUAAGCUUAUUCGAAUACAAGAAACGCGAAACACAUACAAAUCAUCACACAAUUUUUGUUCGUUUUCGGUUAUCUCAAGUACGGCUUGGAAUGUGUGUGAACAUAUGCGCUUUAUUCUAGUAAUAGUCGGGUACUGGGGCGCAUGCUACGCGCACAAAGUCUGCAUAUCGAACUUGUCCAUUGCUCGAUACGUUUGCU